AGUAGCCAGACGCGCUCCGAGCUGUGUGGUGGCAGUAGGCAUUCAGUGUGAAUAGGGAGCGUGCGCCCGACGGACCGUCUGUGUCCCCGCUUUGCUCCUCGCUAGAGUGCGUUUCUCGUCUGAACCCCCCAAAUUUUUUGGGGCGCCUCUCCCGCGCGUUUGGGGAAAAGUUGUGGGUGGGACGGCAGCAGUUUGCGGCGCCACCGACGGCGCAGCGCUGAAGACAGAGCAGCGAGUUCCGCCGGCACCGGAGCGGUCGCGCCGCGGGUGAAUGCUGCGAGCCGCGGCCGCCGUGCCGUCGCCAGCCGCCUGCGCCGCCAGUCCAGCCCGCUGUUCGCGCCGUAGUCGUCGCUCCCCGCGGUCAAGCUGUACGCGCACAGGGAAGAAGAUAUGCUCACGAUGGAGACGGACCUUAAGGGGGGAAGCCUCCACGGGCAGAUGCCGCCGCACCACGCGGCGGCCGGCCUGCACGGGCACGCCGUGUCCACGUACGGCGCGCUCAGCUCCAUCGUGCACAGCUCGGCGCUGUCCGGCAACGUCAUGGGCGGCGUCAUGAGCCUCGGCCCGCCGCCCCCGCACACGCUGCAGCAGCAACAGCAGCAGCAACAACAGCAGCAGCAGCAACAACAGCACCAGCACCACGCGGCGCUGGCGCACCACCAGCACCAACAGCAGCAGCACCAACAGCAGAGCGCGCUGGCCGCGCAGCAGCAACAGCACCACCAGACUCAGACGCAGCAGUCGCAGGCGCCGCCGCAGCAACAGCACCACGGCCCGCCCAACAACAAUACCGCCAGCAGCAAGAACCAGAACGUCGACCGCGUCAAGAGGCCGAUGAACGCCUUCAUGGUGUGGUCGCGCGGGCAGCGCCGCAAGAUGGCCCAGGAGAACCCGAAAAUGCACAACUCCGAGAUUUCCAAGAGGCUGGGUGCCGAGUGGAAGCUGCUGUCGGAGUCGGAGAAGCGGCCUUUUAUCGACGAGGCGAAGAGGCUGCGCGCCGUGCACAUGAAAGAGCACCCGGACUACAAGUACCGGCCGCGCCGUAAGACGAAGACGCUGCUGAAGAAGGACAAGUAUCCGGGCCUGGCGGGCGGGAUAUUACCGGGCGGCGGCGACGCGGCGUCCAGGAGUGCGGCGGCCGCCGCUGCGGCCACGGCCGCCGCGGUCCAGCAGGCGGUCAACCGCGGGGACGUCUACCAGAUGCCGAACGGCUACAUGCCCAACGGCUACAUGAUGCACCACCAUCACCACCACCACCACGAGGCCUACCAGCAGCAGCAGCAGGCGGCGUACAACGCGCACAUGGCGGCGGCCAGCGGGGGCGGCUACGCGCCGCGCUACGACAUGUCGCAGAUGCACCCCAACGCGGCGACGGCGGCGGCCGCGAGCGCCUACAUGAACGGCGCGGCGGCGUCCUACGGCGGCAUGUACGCCACCGGCGGCGCCGGCUCGCCAUACCAACAGCCGUCGCAGAUGUCGCCCGGCAGCUCGAGCAUUAAGUCGGAGCCCGUGUCGCCCGGCAGCGCGGGCCUGCACACGCCCACGCCGGUGGUGAAGCGCGAGUACGCCGCCGCCCCCGCGCAGGGCGACCUGCGCCAGAUGAUCUCCAUGUACCUGCCCACCGACCCGUCUGCCGGCGUGCCCGACCACCACCAGCAGCAACAGCAGCAGCACCAGCAGCAGCAGCAACAACAGGCGGCGGCGGCGGCCGCGGCGCGCUACUACCACCAGCACUCCGCGUCGCCCGACCCCAUGGCGGCCCAGAUGCAGACGCUGGCGCACAUGUAGGGACCGGCGCCGCCGCUCGCCGCGGCGGCCGCCGCCGACAUCAGCCAGUGCCAGACGCCCACGCCGCCCCCGCAGGCGGCGCACCUCCAGCAGCAGGCCGCCUGGACGCCGUGCUCCUACUGACGCGACGCUGGUAGGCGUGACCUGUGUGUCGUCUUGUGCUCAAGCUCGUCGGCAAACGUUACAGACCACGACAGACUCCUAACAGACCUCCGAUAUCUUAGGGGAUAGCUUCCCGGCGCGAUAACUCCACGUACCUCCGCCACAGCCCCGCGUUCCGAUAAAAAAAAGAACUCUCACAAACCGGCUGUCUCCUCUACACGAACUCUCACCACGGAGACGUUACCCUGCAAAGACGCCGGUUUAUAAUUUCUUGACACUUUGUACGGAGGCCAAAUCUCGCGGAGUCCGAGCAGUAUUUCUCUUUUUCUUGUCACUAAGCCCAUUUCCACUUGUUCCGCGUCUACGCAAGCACAUAAAAUUCGUAUAGCCAUGUACCCGUACAUUACCUUUCAUUUUCUGGUGUUUGUUUUAGCCAGCCAGUAACUGUCCUCCCACGCUGUGUACGUAAUUCCGUCGUAGCCGCAAGGGAAGGGACAGAGAGUGAUAAAGAGACACACGAUUAUAGAAUUGUGUGUCGCGUGCACGUAGGCCUUUUGGUUCCGUUUGUCGUCUCAGAAAGAAACACGGUAAGCAAAUUCUACAUUUUUUGUUUUUCUUCCCUCUUUUUAAUAAUACAAACGUAGUUCUCUCCCCUGUCUGAGCCGAAGUCACGGUAAAACACAGAUUUUUAUGUCUCAUUAAAUAUAGUGAGUGUACAGUUUUGCAUUUCAAAAUUUUAUGACGAUAACGAGCGAAAUGAGGAACUCUCUUUUUUUCUUUUCGGAGAGGAACGAGAGCUUUGUUUUCCAGUCUCUGUGACUUGUUAUUUACUGUCCUUCCUGAACUUAUUGUUUUAAAGAUAAAAGUAAUAUUAUGCGUUGUAUAGACUUGUAAGCUUCAAUUUCUUCAACUGUUGACUUGCCGAAUUACGAUGAAGGAAGUUCAUUAACUGAGUCUUCGUAAAGUAAAAGUACUUGAAUUGUUUCACAUUUGUCACCCACAGAGUAUUUGUACAAAUCCUAAGGAGAUAAUCCUACGUUUUUUAUGUAUAUCCGUGAGUGUGAUAUAGUCAGUGGCUAAAUUUAUGUGAAUAUAAUAUAUUAAUAGUCUGCAUCGAACAUUCCAUUUCGUGCUCUUUUUUCUGAUAGCCAUAAUUGGCUAUUUUGUGUUCAUACAUAUCCCAAAAAAAACAGAAUCUUGGAAUUUCCGUAUGUUUGUAAAUACUUGCACAUCUUGUUGUAUAUAAUAUGAUAAAAAUUUCGCCCCGUUUGAAAAAAUGAAAUAAACUAAAUAUUUAAAAGUA